AUGACUAUAAUGGGACAGAAAUUAAAAGCUUUGAAGCAACUUUCUUUGAAGAUGGGUGAUGAGAUUAGAGGAGGUAGUGAUACUGUAAAUAACUUGAAUGAUACGUUUCAAAAUACUACUAUCAAAUUAAAGUCAACAUUUAACAACAUGAUGGAAAUGGCCAGCAAAUCCGGUGUUAGUAUAAAGACAUGGGUGUUGAUAUUUUUUAUAGUUGGAAUUCUUUUCUUCUGGGUAUGGAUUACCUAA